UGCGAUCGCCAGUUUCCUAUUUUGCAGUUAAGUCAUGGCGCGUACCAAGCAGACAGCUCGCAAAUCCACCGGCGGCAAGGCUCCGCGCAAACAGCUGGCCACCAAGGCGGCCCGCAAGAGCGCGCCUGCCACGGGCGGUGUGAAAAAGCCCCACCGCUACCGGCCCGGCACGGUGGCGCUGCGCGAGAUUCGCCGCUACCAGAAGUCCACCGAGCUGCUGAUCCGCAAGCUGCCGUUUCAGCGGCUGGUACGCGAAAUCGCGCAGGACUUCAAGACCGAUCUGCGCUUCCAGAGCUCGGCCGUGAUGGCGCUUCAGGAGGCGUGUGAGGCCUACCUGGUGGGGCUAUUCGAGGACACCAACCUGUGUGCCAUCCACGCCAAGCGUGUCACCAUCAUGCCUAAGGAUAUCCAGCUUGCACGCCGUAUUCGUGGGGAAAGGGCGUAAACUUUCCUUUUGACUGCUAAUAUUAAACCCAAAGGCUCUUUUAAGAGCCAACCA